AUGAAGGUACUUUUAACAGGAGGAAGCGGGUUCAUUGCAUCUCAUUGCCUCGAAGCGUUGCUUAAACAUGGUCACGAGGUGGUAACGACAGUUCGAUCGCCAGCAAAGGGUCAGGCCCUGGUUGACACAUUCAAGGGCCAAAACGUUUCGUAUACAGUUGUUAACGAUAUUGCGGCACUAAACGCAUUUGACGAAGCUGUUAUAUCAGAGCCGCCGUUUGAAGCUGUAGUGCACACCGCGAGCCCCUUUCAUUAUGAGGUGAAGGAUGCUAAGAAGGACAUGCUUGAUCCAGCUAUUCUUGGAACCACUGGCAUUCUCGAGUCCAUUCGGAAAUCCGCGAAAGCAGUCAAGAAAGUUGUCAUCACAUCCUCAUUUGCUGCCAUCUUGAACCCCUCUUCUCCGCCCAAAGUAUAUAAUGAGACCAUUUGGAACGAGAUGACCAUGGACGAGGCCCUGACCACAGAUGAUCCGCAGGCCGUCUAUAGGGCGAGCAAAACGUUCGCUGAACGGGCAGCAUGGGAGUUUGUAGCGCGGGAAAAGCCCAACUUUACACUGACCGUGCUGAAUCCCCCAAUGGUUUAUGGCCCAGUCCGCCAUGCGCUGUCAUCGCUGGAAGACCUCAAUACAUCCAGCAAACGGAUCUUAAACUUGAUACUCGGAAGACCCCGUGGCAUGGUGUCAUCACCCAUAUAUGUCGAUGUUCGGGAUCUUGCAGAGGCACAUGCGCUCGCCAUUACAAUUCCUGAGGCCGCGGGUCAACGAAUCCUCGUGACAGCGGGUCUAGCGACCGAAGGAUUAAUGGGAGACAUAGUCCGAAGAACUUUCCCGGGAUAUGCCCAAAACCUGAGCCCUGACCUCAGUAAUACUCUUCCUGCAUACGAGAUUGACAGCAGCAAGUCCAUCCGAUUGUUGAAGAUCAAGUAUCGGGACGUGGAGGAUACCGUAGUGGACACAGUGAAGAGUCUGCAAGCUUUAGGUGCUUAG